CCCGGCGCGGGAGGAGCCGCCCUGCGCGGCGCAGGCGCCGCAGCGCUCGCCCGGCGCCAUGGCCCGCGGAGCGCUGCUCGGCGCCGUGGCCUGCCUGUGCUUCCUGGCCUCGGCGGCCGAGGCCUUCAAGAGGAGGGGACCCAGCGUGACAGCCAAGGUGUUCUUUGAUGUGAAGAUUGGCGACAAAGAUGUUGGCAGAAUUGUAAUUGGAUUGUUUGGAAAAGUUGUCCCGAAGACUGUGGAGAAUUUCAUUGUGUUGGCAACUGGAGAAAGGGGAUAUGGAUACAAAGGAAGUAAAUUUCAUCGUGUGAUCAAAGACUUCAUGAUUCAAGGAGGAGACUUUACAGCUGGAGAUGGAUCAGGAGGAAGAAGCAUCUAUGGAGAAAGGUUUCCUGAUGAGAACUUCAAGCUCAAACACUAUGGAAUUGGAUGGGUUAGCAUGGCUAAUUCUGGCCCAAACACCAAUGGAUCCCAGUUCUUCAUCAGUGUGACAAAGCCUUCCUGGUUAGAUGGAAAGCAUGUAGUAUUUGGCAAAGUCCUUGACGGAAUGUCUGUGGUGCACUCGAUAGAACUCCAGCAGACAGAUGAGCAUGAUCGGCCCCUUCAAGACUGUGUGAUUGUGAACAGUGGCAAAAUAGCUGUAAAGGAACCAUUUGUAGUUGAAGUUGGUGACUGGUGAGACCAAUAGUCAGAAUGAAAAUAAAACUUAAUCACUUCUUUAAUGCCAGUUUUUGGCCAAUCUCAGUGAUCCACUGAGUUUUCUCCUCGAAACAUAAGAAAUUACUCUUAGGCAAUACUUGUCAUUUGCCAAACACAGAAAAGAUACGGCUAUUUCUGUAACAAUUUGCAGCAGCUGCCAUUCCUUGAAAUUCAAGACAUACCCCACCAAAUUCUAGAUCUUGCAAAAAAGUCUUUAAUGAAAAAUUAUAGCAGUAAUUCUAUUUUUUGAAGGUUUACAGUAUUACAGAAGGAAUACAGUAAUUUUGUUCUGUUUGGAAAUUUUAGCAAUAUUUGUUUUUGCCUUUUCAACUGAAAAUACUUACUGUAACACUACCAGCAUUUUUAAAAAUGUAAAAAAAAAGUAAAAUAUAGAAAUGUUUUGAAUAAAUAAACUUUGAUUUCAAAUAAA